AUUUCUUUUUCCAAAUUUCAGCUUCAGAAUUUCUAGUUGCGGUUUAGGAGCUUGAGUCACAGAAACAGCAAGAAAUGGAAGACGAAGCAGAGAUUUACGAUGGAAUCAGAGCCCAGUUCCCUCUGACCUUCGGCAAGCAACAGAAGUCCCAAACCCCUCUGGAAGCCAUUCAUAACGCCACUCGCCGACCUACCGCCGCCGGUACAGCCUCCAGCAACACCAAUGACCUUCCUUCUCUAUCAUCUUCCUCCAAAGGCUGGCUGGAUUCCCUUCGCAACUCCAAAAACGCCAACCCUAACCCUAAAUUCAGGCAAGACGAGAAUAGGGGGACUAGAGGACCACCUCCGCAACCUUCGGAGGAUGAGGCUGACGCCAUGGUAGGACCGCCUCGUCCUCCACCUGGGUCCGGUGGUGAUGAGGAUGAUGAUGAUGAUGAUGAUGAUGAUGAUGGUGAGGUGAUGAUUGGACCGCCACGGCCACCUCCGGGAUUGGGUUCAGAGGAUGAUGAAGUGAUAAUUGGGCCACCGCCACCACCAGCAGGGUCCAGUUUGGAUGAGUCGGAUUCGGAGGAGGAGAGCCAGGAGGAGAACCGCUAUAGGAUUCCAAUGAGCAACGAGAUUGUGCUUAAGGGACACACAAAGGUUGUUUCAGCUCUUGCCAUUGAUCACUCUGGGUCAAGGGUUCUUUCUGGUAGUUAUGACUACACAGUUCGGAUGUAUGACUUUCAAGGGAUGAAUUCUCGGUUGCAAUCAUUUAGGCAGCUUGAACCAUUUGAAGGCCACCAAAUUCGUAAUCUAAGUUGGAGUCCCACAUCAGACCGCUUUUUGUGUGUCACUGGCUCUGCACAAGCUAAGAUAUAUGACCGAGAUGGUCUUACUCUGGGUGAGUUUGUAAAGGGGGAUAUGUACAUUCGUGAUCUGAAGAAUACAAAGGGCCAUAUAUCUGGGUUGACUUGUGGUGAGUGGCAUCCUAAAACUAAGGAGACAAUAUUAACAUCAUCAGAAGAUGGAUCACUGCGUAUAUGGGAUGUAAAUGAUUUCAAAAGUCAAAAGCAGGUUAUUAAACCAAAACUUGCAAGGCCUGGAAGAGUUCCCAUUACCACAUGUGCAUGGGAUCAUGAAGGGAAAUGUAUUGCAGGUGGAAUAGGUGAUGGUUCGAUACAGAUAUGGAACCUUAAACCUGGAUGGGGAAGCAGGCCAGAUAUACAUGUAGAAAAAGCUCAUUCUGAUGAUAUCACCGGGCUUAGGUUUUCUAGUGAUGGCAGGUUUCUGCUGUCUAGAAGUUUUGAUGGAUCACUAAAGGUUUGGGACUUGCGCCAAAUGAAAGUUGCCCUUAAAGUUUUUGAUGAUCUUCCAAAUAACUAUGCCCAAACAAAUAUCGCAUUUAGUCCCGAUGAGGAGCUAUUCUUGACUGGAACAUCUGUUGAAAGAGAAAGCACAACAGGAGGUUUGCUGUGCUUUUAUGAUCGUGCUAAGCUUGAACUUGUUCAAAGAGUUGGGAUAUCGCCAACUUGUAGUGUUGUCCAGUGUGCUUGGCACCCAAAACUGAAUCAGAUCUUUGCAACAGUUGGGGACAAAAGCCAAGGAGGAACUCACGUACUGUAUGAUCCAACCCUCAGUGAGAGAGGAGCUCUUGUGUGUGUUGCACGGGCACCAAGGAAGAAGUCUAUGGAUGAUUUUGAGGCACAGCCUGUCAUUCACAAUCCUCAUGCACUGCCCCUGUUUAGAGAUCAGCCAAGCCGUAAACGCCAGAGAGAGAAAAUACUGAAGGACCCUCUUAAGUCCCAUAAGCCUGAACUUCCCAUUACAGGACCAGGACAUGGUGGAAGAGUUGGUGCAACUAAAGGAAGCUUAUUGACUCAGUACCUUCUUAAGCAAGGGGGAAUGAUCAAGGAGACAUGGAUGGAGGAAGAUCCUAGAGAAGCUAUACUGAAGUAUGCCGAUGCUGCAGCUAAAGACCCCAAGUUCAUUGCCCCAGCAUACGCUCAAACUCAGCCUGAACCAGUUUUUGCAAAGUCAGAUUCUGAGGAUGAAGAGAAAUGAUCUGAUUGUGGUCAAUGACAGAUCAAAGGUCGACUUUAGACCUCUUUUCUUCAAAAGAAAGAAAAUGAUCAAUGUAGUGUAUUAAAUUGUUUGCUUAAAAAUGAUUGUAUUAAACUCUUUGUUUUGAAAUGAUCUACAUUCUGGUGAAGAAACGAUCUUCAAAAAAUCAAUUCAAGAACUUAUU